UUGUGAAUAUUUUUGGGAUUAUGGAUAAGGAUGGAAGACCAUCGAAUUUGGAUCUGAAUCUUAUUUUUUUGGAACCCUCCUUUGCCCUAGAUUGGGUUCACUACUCUCGAUACCCUUUCUUCGCUAUUUUUCAGUCCAUUUUUAACUGACCUCUACACUAUUUCCCCCAUGUCGAUAGAUUAUCUGAUAAUAAAAUUGGCAGAACAAAAAAUUCGUCGAAAUAAAGACGGCAGACCACGUAAACGUUCUCAACACACAAAAGGCAACAAAUUAUGGGAAUUUAUUAGGGAUGCAUUAAAAGACCCAAGAACCUGUCCUUCAAUUGUUCGUUGGGAAGAUCCUUCUGAAGGAGUGUUUCGAAUUGUUGAAUCUGAACGGCUGGCAUUUUUGUGGGGACAGAAGAAGAAUAACCAAAAAAUGACUUAUGAGAAGUUGAGCCGAGCAAUGAGGUGAGGGAGAGAAGAAUUUUUUUAAGAGAUUUUUUAGAAAGAGGAAUUUAUUUUAAAUAGAUUUUUUUUGGAAUUUUAAGGGGUUCUUGGAUUUUUUGGAUUUUUGAGAUUGUGGAUUUUAAAGAUGGGACUUUAUUUUUUCCAAAAUAUUUUGUCGACAUUUUUUGUUGCCGAAUUUGAUUUUUGGCUUGAUUUUUUCUAAUUAUUUUAAGUCACCCUUUUGGUAUUUUUUUUUAUUUUUCGAGGUUUUAAAUAUUUUUUGAGACUCCCGCAUUGUAAACCCUAUAAUGAUAUAAGCCAAUUGAUAUAGGAUAUAGGCCAGAUACUUGUGCGAUAUAUCCAAAGAGUACCGAUAUAGGUAAAGCCCAUAACUCACAUGAGCCCCAAUCCUUUAUCUUUUUUUUUUCUAAAAUGAGAUUACAUAUAAAGAGAGAAAUCAUCAACAGGAUAUUUUUUACCCUCUUAAUUUUUUUCUUUUCAGGACUUAUUACGAAAAGCAAAUACUUGUUCCUG